AUGGGGGCAGAUCUUAGUAGUAUUAGGAGUUGGUUUCAGAAUUUGGUGCCUGGGGAGAGGGAAGAAGAGAGGGAUGCAUAUGACAGCCCAGCCCUUGCCACUCCACAGGAGAGUGGGAACAAUGAGGUCAUCUUCAUGGCCUUGGACUUGGCCAGUCUGGCCUCCGUGAGGGCCUUUGCCACUGCCUUCCUGAGCUCUGAGCCACGGCUGGACAUCCUCAUCCACAAUGCCGGGAUCAGUUCCUGUGGCCGGAGCCGCGAGCCCUUUAACCUGCUGCUACGAGUGAACCACAUCAGCCCCUUCCUGCUGACACACCUCCUGCUGCCCCGGCUGAAGUCAUGCGCCCCUAGCCGCGUAGUGGUGGUAUCCUCCGCCGCCCACCGGCGAGGCCGCCUGGACUUCACACGCCUGGACCGCCCAGUGGUGGGUUGGCGGCAGGAACUACGGGCAUAUGCUGACAGUAAGCUGGCCAACGUGUUGUAUGCCCGGGAGCUCGCCACUCAGCUUGAGGGCACUGGCAUCACCUGCUAUGCAGCCCACCCAGGGCCAGUGAACUCGGAGCUGUUCCUGCGCCACAUUCCUGGAUGGCUACGCCCACUUUUGCGCCCACUGGCUUGGCUGGUGCUUCGGGCACCACGAGGGGGUGCCCAGACACCCCUGUACUGUGCUCUGCAGGAGGGCAUUGAGCCUCUCAGUGGGAGAUAUUUUGCCAACUGCCACGUGGAGGAGGUGCCCCCAGCCGCCAGAGAUGACCGGGCAGCCCACCGGCUAUGGGAGGCCAGCAAAAGGCUGGCAGGGCUUGGGCAUGGGGAGGAUACUGAAUCCGAUGAAGAUCCCCAGCCUGAGGACCCAGGGACCCCAUCUUCUCUGAAGAAUCCCCACCCUAAGGAACCCAUGGCUUCUGAACCUUACCCCAGUCCCCGUGGUUCACCAGACUUGUCUAAGGUCACACGCCGAAUUCCGGUCAAAGCAGAACCUAAGCCCCAGGCCUCCUAACCCCCAGGCUGGGAAGCUUUCCAGGGCACUUGGGGGCCCUUGAAAACCUUAGCUGUGUGCUAGGCCACGCACUGGGCAUUGAGGAAGUUGCAAUUUUUACCAACAUGGUUACUUUCUGGGGCUUCAAGUUACGUCCUGGUGUCCUGGACAGCUCUUCCUGGUGGAAGGACAUAAAGGAUGAUUAUUUCUUAUUAUUACUGAGUGUGACAGUAACCCCAGACUGAGAGGUAGAGGGUAGUGUACUAGACACUGCUUCUCAGGAAUUUGGAUUUCCUAUUUCCAGGCCCUCCCCUCAGGAAUGCUGAUCCGCCCUGGAAGAGAGCCUGGGAAUUUGUUGAUCUGAUGCACUGCCAACAUUGAGAAUUACUCAACUGGGCCCUUUGCGACCAUGUAGCUUGGUAGUUACAUUAUCCCCAUUUUUCAGAGUCAGGAUUAGGCAGCCAGGUAAGGGACUCACCCAAAGUCUCCUAGCUAGUGAGAGCGGCGAGCUGAUAUUGGAGCCCAGGUGGGCAGACUCUAGGGCCGACCGCUGGAAGGGGGCUGUUGUGGUUCCGACUAUAAACAGUAUGUGUUUGGCGGCUGGGCCUGGGCCUGGUGGUGUAUCUCCGACACUCAGAG